AUGGCGCCCUCUUUCGACGAACCCGUAGCCGACGCGUUCGAAAACCCUUUGAAACGAAAGCCAGAUCUAGUCGCUCCAGAGCCAGAGCACUGUCCUGGUCCAGAAUCCGAGCAAGCAGGCAAGGGUGACGCAUGCAAUGGCUGUCCCAACCAAGCAAUUUGCGCCUCUGCACCGAAAGGCCCCGACCCCGAUAUUCCUCUCAUUACCGAACGACUUGCUGGAGUAAGACACAAGAUCUUGGUACUCUCUGGAAAAGGCGGGGUGGGCAAGUCUACAUUUUCCUCGCUCUUAUCGCACGCCUUUGCCGCCAACCCAGACUCGACAGUGGGCAUUAUGGACACAGAUAUCUGCGGUCCUUCCAUACCGAAGAUGAUGGGCGUGGAGAGUGAAACCAUACACGUUAGCAAUGCCGGAUGGAGCCCGGUCUGGGUCACCGACAACCUUGGAGUUAUGAGCAUUCAGUUUAUGUUACCCAACAGAGACGACGCUAUUAUAUGGCGAGGGCCAAAAAAGAAUGGGAUAAUCAAACAAUUUUUAAAAGAUGUCGAAUGGGGCGAGUUGGACUACUUGAUUGUCGAUACGCCACCGGGCACGUCAGACGAACACCUAUCAGUUAAUUCAUUCCUCAAAGAAUCCGGCGUGGAUGGUGCGGUCGUGGUGACGACGCCACAAGAAGUGUCUCUGCUGGACGUGCGGAAAGAGAUCGAUUUCUGUCGAAAGGCUGGGAUCAGGGUCCUAGGGCUGGUCGAAAACAUGUCCGGCUUCGUCUGUCCCAAAUGCACACACGAGUCACAGAUUUUCCGAGCAACGACGGGAGGAGGUCAGAAAUUAUGUCAGGAGAUGGGUAUACCCUUCCUUGGCUCAGUACCACUCGACCCGCGAAUCGGAAUGGCAUGCGACUUUGGUGAAAGCUUUAUGGAGAGCUUUCCCGACAGUCCGGCCUGCAAGGCUUUACGACAAGUUGUGAGGACAGUGGGCCAGAUGAUAGGCGAGGACCCCGACCAAGUUCUUCCUGACGGACCAAUAUAA